AUGAGUAAACAAAAUGAAAAGUGCAUAGAAAGGGAUGAAGCUUGUGGAAAUGGAUCGAGAGCUUGGUGCAUCAUACCUGGUACACUCUUGUUUGAAAGCCGAAAUGAGAUUAAUGCUAAUGAGGGGGAUAUCUAUUUAUACCCGAUAUUGAUAACAAAUACAGCAGCGCAAGAAAUCCCGGAUCUUUUAGAUCCGGAAGAUCGCUACAACUAUCAGAUCUAUGACGAUGAUUACGGAGACGGUAACGAAAUUUGGCCAUCAGGAAGUGGAUUUGAAGACCUCGCCCCCACCGCGGUAGAUGAUGAACUCCAAGAACACGAAGAAGAGUACAAUGAACUGGGAGAGUGGGAUUGGAGGGGGUCGGGUUAUGUGUAUUAUUGA